UCAUUCGGCUGCAGGUAAGAGCACGGGAUGAGAGCGGCUACUGUUACUCGCCCUGAGGUCACGCUCAGCACAAAACCCUCUGGAAUCCUGUCCUGCUGUCUGACUUGCUACAACACUGACUGACGGCAAAGUGUCGUGAAAUAGAGGGUGUAAGAAGAGGGGGGCUGGUCCAGAGACUGGGAUAUAAUGGCUGUGUUGUAUAGGCCUGUGCUAACCAAUGGACCACCUGAAGAUAGUCCCAUGCUCAGGAGAGCCUCUCUGGAACAGCCCAAGGGGACCGAUGAGGAACAGAAACCCACUGUCUCAAGCUCCACUUACAAACAAAGGAGCGAGGAAUUUCGGAAGAUCUUCAAAGAGCUCCCAGAAAGCGAGAAACUGAUAGUAGAUUACGCGUGUGCCUUACAGAAGGAGAUUUUACUACAGGGGCGAAUCUACCUCUCCGAGAACUGGCUCUGCUUCCACAGCAACAUCUUCCGCUGGGAAACUACAAUAUGCUUACAGCUCCGGGAUAUCACUUCCAUGACAAAGGAAAAAACUGCUCGGCUUAUUCCAAACGCCAUACAGGUCGGCACAGAGAACGAGAAGCUCUUCUUUACAUCGUUUGCUACAAGAGACAGAAGCUUCCUAAAUAUCUUUCGCAUGUGGCAGGAUGUGCUUCUGGAUAAGACGCUGAGCAAGAAGGAAUUCUGGCAGCUGGUUCAGCAGAGCUAUGGCACUGAGCUUGGCUUGAAUAAUGAGGAGAUGGAGCACAUGUCUGUGCCAGUGGAAGAUAAUGGGCAGACAAGGGUGUUGGGAAGAUCAGUUACAGAGGAUUGUGUAGAAAAGCCAGAGAAAAUGCCCCGGGGCUCCUCCAUCUCGCAGGUCACAGAGACUGAUUCGCCUAUAUUUAAUCCCAUGCAGUUGAUUUUGAGGCAAACACAAGCAGAAGAGAGUCAGGGGGAGAAGGCAGGAGGCAAGAGCCCCCAGUUAAGCACAGAAAGAAAGCACAGCCUCCGUGCCCACAUUGGAUCCCCUGCUCUGGCUCUGGACCUAAACGGCAAUGAAAACCAACAUUUGGACAGGAGCAGCUUAUCUGAUAGUGGGGAUGAAGACCCCCACAAAUGUGUGUUCUGUGAAACAGAGGAUCCCAAGUACCCAGAGGAGCAGAUAGAAGGGAAGCUCUACAUUAACCGCGUGUAUCACAUCAGCGCAGAGAGGAUGUUCCAGCUUCUCUUCACCCAGUCGCGUUUCAUGCUCAACUUCAUGACAUCCCGCAAAAUGUUUGACCUGGAAUAUACCCCCUGGCAGCCAGACAGCAACGGAAAGCAGACAAGGACCCUCAAUUACACCAUCACCAUUAACAACCCGCUGGUGGGAAAGUUUACCACAGCCACAGAGAAGCAGGUACUGUACAAAGGGAACCAAGGAGAGCAGAGCUACUUGGUGGAAGUGGAGGUUCUCACACAUGAUGUGCCUUAUCACGACUACUUUUACACUGUGAAUAAAUACAGCAUUAUAGGAAUGUCCCAAGACAAAUGCAGGUUACGGGUCUGCACAGAUGUCAAGUACAGAAAGCAGCCCUGGGGCCUGGUCAAGACUUUCAUUGAGAGGAACUCGUGGAGUGGCCUGGAGGAUUACUUCAAGCAGAUGGAGUCUGAUCUGAUGAUAGAAGAAAACAGUUCAGGUUCCUCAUUAGCCGAGGCUGGAAAAUCCACGAGGAGAAGAAGAAGGAAUCAGAACCGCAGCCUGGGGGAGAACCUUCCCAAACAUGGCAGCCAACAUGAUCCAACACAUAUGGGACUAGAUAUGAGGAGUGAUCAAACAGGCAGGAAAAGAGGUGCCGAGGGAAGGAACACUAGACUGGUACUAGUAAUGAGUAUCUUCCUGGUUCUGUUGGUCCUACUCAAUGUCACCCUGUUCCUAAAGCUGAGUAAGAUUGAGCAAGCAGCCCAAAGCUUCCAGCAAGCUCAGCACAAGCAGGAGCACUAUGCCAGCAUCCAGCCCGAUGGGAUUGCUGGAGCGGAUCAGCCCUACAAAGAAAAGGUAUUCGGACCAGGGUUAAGGGGACUUCUAAAGGACUCCAUUUCCACCAUUGAGCAGCUGAAGAAUUCUCUGCUCCUCCUUCAGAAAAGCUUCGAUCUGCUCAACAGGACGAGGGAAGAGGGGGCUGCUGGGAGUUAGCACCCUGACAUGACUUUGGGGUGGGGGUAUAUUUUCCAUGAAGGAGAAGCGUUUGGGAGUUGUAGUUGCAGAGGAUUGGUUACAGAGACUGGGGACGUAACUCACGAGCGGCUCUGCCACAACAACCUCGGGGCCCAGUUUAACCCCAGGGAAGUUUUCUGCUGGCGUCACCCCCUUGUUCUCCCUUUUAUUUAACUCCUACGUUGUAUUUGUGAAUUGUAAUUCUGUUUUCUAAUGUUCUAGAGUUCUUGCUGGAUGGAUGGAGCCGACUGACAGGAGAAUAGCUGGAGGCCGGGGGGUGACUGCUCCCUGUCCCUCACUUUCCCAAAUUUCCGUUAGGGGUUAAUGAAGGGAAUAUUUAGCUGGGAAUAGCUCAUGCUUUGCCCAUUUGUGUCAGUGUCACCCCCAAACCCAAUUGUAUGGGGAUCAUAAUCUAUUCACACCGGCAGCCCUUACAUUGACUGUAUGGGAGAGACUGGCAUUGCCCCUGCCCAGGACUCUGUUUUUUAAUUUGUCCUUUAACUGUCAUUUUAUCCUUAGCCCAGGUGCCAUUUGGCCCAUUUAUAUUUUAAUUUCCUUGGACAGAACCUAUAGACUGGCCGUUUCUGAUCUUCCCUCUCAAUCUUGAGGAGGAUCAAGUAGAUUUUGGAGGGUGUGUGCCUAUUGGGUCCCUUCAGAACCCGCCUCCUCAGGGUCACAUGGCAUUUGGGCGGUUUCUCCCAUUAAAUACAGAGGAAUGUGACAGUUGCAAGGUUUGAAUUUCCGUUUUCCUUUGUAUUUUAUUUCUUUGGGGGCUAGAGAUUUAUAUUCCGGGUCUAAUGCCCCCAAAUACCUGAAGGUGGGUAAUUUAUUGUAUAGUGUGGCUACUGAUUAUUUAUUUGGGUGCUGGUAUCAGCUGCACUGCUGUCUUCUCUUUGGUGCCUUAUACAAGAGCUGUCUGUUCUGUAUAGUUUAACUACAGCUCCCAGCAACCCCUACGUCCCAUUUACAGAUUCUCCCUAUGUCGCCCCCUGAAUGGUUUCUCUCUCUGAAAGUGAUUCAUAUCUGAAACAGGAAGGAUAUAACGUUUCCCGAUGUCCAUUCCUGUGGCCCCUUCAUCCUACAAUUUGGCUACCACCCUAGGGCUGUGCUUAUUGGCAGCUGGUCCUGUCAUUCAUAUGACUAUCCAGCCCUCAGUACAUAUCCCGCCCCCACAGCUAACAGGACAGGCAGGGACUGGCAGUUAAAGGGUAACUAUACAGCGAGUGCCAGCUCUGAGCCAAAUAUCCAGCACUUGUAUUGCACCACAAUUAGGGAGACGCUUUCCCCACACCCACCUUAUUCAUCUGAACCCAGAAUGUACUGUAUAGCACUGGCAGAGCCAAGGGCAGGUAUGGGAUCUGUUAUCCAGAAAGCCCUGAAAUGCACCAGUGUUAUUUCCCAUAGAGUUCUAUUUAACCCAUUUAUUUCUGAGACAAAACCUUGUAACCAAUGGGAGCGGAGCUGCAGAACUCCAUGUUGGUGGCACAACAGUCCCAUUGGGUUUUUCUGAUGUUUAGAAGCCUUAAAGUACAGUGACCCAAAUUAUGGAAAGAUCCGUUCCCAGAAAAUCUAUAGGUGAAUAGUGAGUGAGGGGUCAGUAGGGGGUGUAUAGUGCAGCUGAGGAUCUAGAAGAGACAUUACUCCUAAUGAACAAGCUGAGACUGAGCCUCACUGACUCGCACCUCCACUACAAUCCCUCCCACCUACUCACUCAUGUCUCCCCUUUUGUCUUUUUCACAGAUGUCCAACAAUUUACUU